UCAGUGAACCAGCAUGCAUGGUGUGAGGAGUACUCCCCCACCCGCCGUGUUGAAAUGGACACUGCCAGUGUAUUUAUAGACCAGGCAUAGAGUCAAGCACUGUUUCUUAAGAGAGUAACCGACACAUGAGUUCGUCAUAACAGUGAUAUUGCAGUCUAGAAGCUUCUGGCUCCCAUCUUGUGUGCUCUGAUUUCAGUAGUUAAGACGCUUGAAGAGGCACCCAGGUAGGAAGGCUGAAUAUGAAUUAAGUAUUCUGAGUACGAUCACAGCCAGAGACAGAGAUUGAUUAAAGGGCUUUGCCAUGGAGAAGCCAGUUUUGCAGACGCAGCCCUCCAUGCUGCCGUUCUUCGACACAGCGCACGCCAUCAACCUCCUGCGGGGGAUCCAUGAGCUGCGGGCCGAGCGCAAGUUCUUUGACGUGACGCUGUGUGCUGAGGGUAAGGAAUUCCACUGCCACCGCACCGUACUGGCUGCCGCCAGCACCUACUUUCGUGCCAUGUUUGCAGGCACGCUGCGCGAGAGCGCCAUGGACCGCGUGGUGCUGCAUGAGGUGUCAGCUGAGCUCCUGGGCCUGUUGGUGGACUUUUGCUACACCGGCCGUGUGACUGUCACGCAUGACAACGUGGACCUGUUGCUCAAGACUGCUGACCUCUUCCAGUUCCCCUCAGUCAAGGAGGCCUGCUGCGCUUUCCUGGAGCAACGACUGGAUGUCUCCAACUGCUUGGAGAUCCAGGACUUUGCAGAAGCCUACGCCUGCCGAGAAUUAGCCGCUAGCGCCCGCCGCUUCGUGCUGAAGAACAUUGUGGAACUAGCCAAAGGCACAGAUUUUGAGAGGCUGCCAUGGAAGCGGCUGUUGGAAUUUGUUUCAGAUGAUGGCCUGUGUGUUGACAAGGAGGAGACAGCGUACCAGAUUGCUGUACGCUGGGUUAAAGCCGACUUGCAAAGAAGGUUGCAUUACUGGCCCGAGCUGCUCCAGCAGGUGCGCCUACCCUUUGUGCGCCGCUUCUACCUGCUGGCCCAAGUUGAAAGUGACCCACUCGUUUACUUGUCGCCUGCCUGCUUGCGGCUGGUCAGUGAAGCGCGCAGCUUCCAGUCCUGUGAGUACGACCGGCAUGACCGACCGUGCCACCGCAUGCGGCCACGGCCCUCCACGGGUCUGGCUGAGAUCCUAGUGGUGGUGGGAGGCUGUGACCAGGAUUGCGAUGAGCUGGUCACCGUGGACUGCUUCAACCCUCAGACUGGUCAGUGGAGGUACUUGGCAGAAUUUCCUGACCACCUUGGAGGAGGUUACAGCAUAGCGGCACUAGGAAAUGAUAUUUACGUCACAGGCGGCUCUGAUGGGUCCAGGCUCUAUGAUUGCGUGUGGCGCUACAACUCCAGCGUGAACGAGUGGACGGAGGUUUCGCCCAUGCUGAAGGCCCGCGAGUACCACAGCUCAUGCGUGCUGAAAGGCCAGCUGUAUGUGGUGGCCUCGGAUAGCACGGAAAGGUAUGACCAUGCUCUGGACUGCUGGGAGGCCCUGCCGCCCAUGCCACACCCAAUGGACAACUGCUCUACAACAGCAUGCGGUGGGCGCCUCUAUGCCAUUGGCUCCCUCACUGCAGAAGACACCAUGGCCAUACAGUGCUACGACAGCGACUCCAACCGCUGGACACUGGUCAAUUGUGGUCAGCUGCCUCCAUGGUCCUUUGCUCCCAAAUCGGUGACUCUCAAUGGACUCAUCUACUUUGUAAGGGAUGACUCGGCAGAAGUUGAUGUCUACAAUCCACAGAAGAAAGAAUGGGACAAGAUUAAUCCAAUGAACCAAGUCCACGUUGGAGGCAGCGUGGCAGCUUUGGGAGGCCGUAUCUACGUGUCUGGUGGCUAUGACAACACCUUUGAGCUGUCCGAUGUGGUGGAGGCCUACGACCCUUCCACUCGCUCUUGGAGCACGGCCGGCAGAUUGCCGCAGCCCACCUUCUGGCACGGCAGCGUCAGCAUAUUUCGCCAGUUCAUGCCACUCGUGCCCAGCACCUUUGAGCCCAUCGACAUGCCAGAUGCCAACGACAUUCACCUGCACCGGCACCAUCGCCACCAAGCCCUUCACAACCUUAACAACGAGCUCAACCAGAACCGCGAGGUGAACGCAGCACGCUGACUGCUUACACCGGUGCUCCGAGGGGCGCCCCACUGAAUGUGACGUUGCAAUGUUACAUACAUUAGGCACUUUAACACAUAUUCACCUCAACUGGAGAGCGAGUGGAGGAGGUGAACAGACACUUCUUGUGUUCGCUUCAUUUGCCUCUGUAAACUAGCGCUACCACAGCCAUAUGUGUUUUGCAUGCAGUUCUAACUCUGGCUGUGAAGGACUCUGAAGGAGGGGGGGGUGGGAACAGAUAAAGUGGCUCUUUAUGAAAUAGUGCCUAGUUAUCCAUGCCUUGGAAACUGAAUGGAGAUCAGGCUGAAGAAAUACUGUUGUUUAGUUGCUAGUCUGCCAAAAGUGGUCCACAGCAUUUUAUCAUCAAUUAGGGCUGUUACAGUCGACUGUAUUGGUAAUCAGUUAUUUUGAUGAUUAAUUGAAUAAGCACUCUCAAAAAAGACUGAACAAAAAAAUUAAUAAUAACAAACCAUGCGUAGCCUUUCAAAGAUUUCAGAGUACUUUUAAAAAGGACUGUGCAGAAGUCACAGAUCAUCUUUCAUUCGUUUCAUUUACAGCCAAAACAGCCAGUAAGUACAGGUUCUGUAUUUUUCAGGAGAUUUCUGAGGAGACUUGAUAGAAGACAAUGCACUUGCAUAAGAAAGGGGGAAGGUAAAGGAAAAACUGGAGUUGAAACAUUAAUAAAAUGUACAAAAGAUACACCGAUCGGUCACUUCAUUAAGUACACCACGUUGUAUCUACAUUCUUUAUUCAUUUCAUCAGCUCCACUUGCGUGCUGCGGUUACAGACUGCGUGCGGCCAGUCGGUGAGUGUGUUUACAUGCACUCAGUAUUCUGCUCAUAAUCGGAUUUCUGCAGUUAUCUGAUUAUUCAAAUUUCCAAUUUCUUAGAUUGGAGUAAGGUCUAGAAAUCAGAAUAAGAAAUCCAAUAAAAAGUGCUGGUUUUUAGCUCAGUAAUCAGAUUUCUCAGUGCAUGUGAACUCUUACUCUGAUUUCUUUCGGAUUGCUUAGUCUACGCAUGUGCGAAACAGACCGUGGUACUGUAAAUGGGCAAGGAGCGCUGCCACAAGAUGGCAGCAAAACACUUUUGGAGCGACACUGAAACCAACUACGUGCUUGACGAAAUGAAGGAUACAUCUAGAUGAUGUAUGUUCAUAGUUUUCAGGUAAAGUGGUGCGAUGUUUAAAAAAAAAACGCGGCAUGAAGUUUGAGUUUUACAUUAAGUUUACGUCACGUCUUCUUCAGUGAGUUUAUUGGCUGGUUGCAAAGCAGAAAUCUGAUUACUGCCUGACUCAUGUAGACCUGGAGUUUCCCCAUUAUCUGAUUACUCAAGUGCAUGUAAACGUGUUUAUCGGAUUACUGACACUAUUUGAUUUUCUGCAUUAAGUGCAUGUAAACGCACAAGUGCAUGUAGGGCUGCUGGUGUUAUCAGAACAAUGGACUGACCACGCCAGAAGCUGCAAUGAAGGCAAAGGGUAGACACACUAAGGACUGAAACAUUUGAGAUUAUAUUGAGUCGUUAAGGCUUCUGUAUAAUUUUCAGUUAAAUUUUGACUGGAAAUUAUAUGAAUGACAAUU